GCAGUCUGGACGAUGCAGGAGCGGUGAGGAGGUGAACCUGUGGAGGAGGAAUGAAGCCUGCUCUCUGACUCUAGCUACUCUGUGAUUGGCUGAUCUCUGACAUCACCAAGAUGGCUCACCUGUUCCUCGCCAGUAAGAUCUCCAUGCCGGACGAUCUUAACAAAGGCGGCACCAGGGUCCCGAAGAGCGCCGUCAGGAUGCCGACGGCCAUCCCUGCUGAGAAGAUGAGCCAGGACAAACACAAAAAGGACUGUGGCGUCGUCGUGACGACACGCGUCCCACACAUCAAUGAAGUCCAGCUGAUGGCGGCAACCGGCGGCGCCGAGAUGUCCUGCUACCGCUGCACAGUGCCUUUUGGCGUAGUCAUCCUCAUCGCCGGCAUCGUGGUGACGGCGGUGGCCUACACCUUCAACUCCCACGGCUCCACCAUCUCCGUGCUGGGACUGGUUCUGCUGUCUACCGGUCUGGGCCUGCUGGGAUCCAGCAUCGUCUGCUGGAGGAUCCGACUGAGGAAGAAGAGGGAUAAACGACGGGAGAGUCAGACGGCCCUCAUGGCCAGUCAAGGGUACUGCGUGGCCUGAUCACACCAUGGACGCUCAUCUUUUCUGAGCCCAUGAACUUACCACGCCAACAACACGAGACAGCAGACUUCAUCAUGCAUGAACCAGGAACUGGAGCUCAUGCUUUCAGGCCUUCACACUGACGAAGACUCUGCAGACACCUGAAAUGAGACAACACUAAGUCAAAGUAGCUCCUUGAUAAACGAGAGACUUUGCAGAGUUUGAGCUACUACAACAAUGUUUGAAAAGGAGCUCGGCUUUGUAGUGGUGUCCUUAAAGAUUCCAAAUAUUCUCUGGGUCCAGCUGAUUAAAUUUCCUGCUGACUAAUACUGGUUUGGUUUGGACUUUUAGUCCAACCAAAGAGAACUUGUGUUUCUUCUACGGAGCCCUGACGGAGGAGGAUGUAGACUUGGAGUUACAUCCUGAUGUAAAGCUGGGUGAGGAGUCUGUCCGACAUUCAGGAAAAACUUUUUAUUUUCUCAUCAGUGAAUCAAUUUGGAGUAAAAUGUCAUAACGGUCUGUAAGUCUGUAAAUUAUGGUUCACACAUGGAGGAUGGUGUAAAUCUGAAGGAAAAAGUUUCAGUUCAUGAAUGUUCACUUUUAAAAGCUCAUCAGUGAUGUACAGUUUCCACCUCACCGAUCUGACCCUAAAACGUGGAGCUUAACACGCUAAUAUCCACUUAUUGGUGGAAACAAUCGUGUGUGACUCCUGUGUAAAUAUAAGGAGGAUGCCUGUGUGGCGCCACACACUAUGACAUCACCCUAUGACAUCACGCUAUCAUAUAGCUGACGCAUCUAUCGCUAUGACAAUACCAGGUAAAGGUAUAGCUGUGGAAACAUAAAUCAGGAUUUACCCGGCCAAUCCGGCCCCUCCUGAGCCGGAACCCUUGGUGGAAACGGGGGUUAAAUGUCGCUAAUAAGCUAUAAAAAUACUUUAAAACGGUACUCUGUAGUUUUUCUGUGUGAGACAAAGAGCAGCUGUUAGAUUGUCUCUUUGACCACGUUUGUGACCUCAGUUUAUUAUUUAGUCCCACAGCGUCCUUUAGCUGGGCCACAUUUCAUUUAACGUGGACCUGAAACCUCUAAAUUAUCCUCGCAGCCAUCAGAACUCAGUUUAUAAUCAUAUCAGAACGGGGAGAGCUUUGUCCUCGAGGAAGCGUCCGCCUGAGAACAGGACGGCUAGAGGUGAGGAAGAGGACAAAACUCCUGAAUAUGCUCUCCUCUAAUCAGCAGUCAGCAAGACUCGAACCUGUAAACAAAUGGAAAACUUUUCACAAACAUGCUGCGUUUUCGAUUAAAAUCCAGCCGUACGUGUUGGAUCCAGAAUAUGACGAACGAAUGCAGGAAGGAGGUAAAAUACCAGCUAAAAAGGUAAUAACGUCCAAGCUGCUGAUGCUUUUCUUUGUACAGUGUGUGAAGUUUGCACACAGCUGCUUCUGUUUACUGAGACGAGGUGAGACAGACUCCACGUCGGUCCAGUAAGCGGCGGCUGUUGGCGUUAAUAAGUCAUAAUGUAAUCGUCAUCAACUUUCCAGGAACUAACCCGGACUCAUGUACAUUCAAACAUGUAAACUCAGAAAAAGUCAGUAAAUGAGUGUUUGGUGGAUAAUUUCUUUGUUGUAACAAUAAAUCUUAUAAAGUUUGAAAGCCUGUUUAUUUUCCUUUUGAUUCGUAAGGAAAGGUGUUUGUGGGAUGAGCAGCAGAGUCGAGGAUGAUUAAAAACUUCCUAAAUUUUCUCUGCCAGUCCCAAACAGCUGAUUCUGC